UUUUAUGCGUACCCUGAGGCCUCUCAUAUGAGAUAAGGCUUUCAAGUCCCCUUAGAGAAAAGAAAAGAAAAGUGAAAACCUUUUAUGCGUACCUUGAGGCCCCUCUUAUGGGAUAAGGCUUUCAAGUCCCCUUAGCGAAAAGAAAAGAACAGUGAAAAGACAAGAGAAAGCAUGGGUUCACAUGAGAAGGCAUGGCAAGAGCUACAUGGAAGCAAGCAGUGGGAAGGACUGCUUGAGCCCCUCAAUGAAGGCCUUCGAGAGAUAAUCCUGCGGUAUGGCGACCUUUGCCAGGCCACCUACGACGCCUUCAACAGUGAUCCACACUCCAAGUAUUGUGGCAGCAGUCGCUGUGGAAAGAGAUCCUUCUUCACAAAGGUGGGCUUAGCACCACCUCAUGUGUCCAACACUGCUGAAUCAUCUGAUGCUGCCUCCGGCACCGAUUAUCGAGUCGCUGGUUUCCUUUACGGCACUGCAAAGAUCGAUAUUCCGGCAUCCUUUUUGCUCCACUCCCUCUCUCGUGAGGCUUGGAGUAGGGAAUCCAAUUGGAUCGGUUAUGUGGCGAUAUCGUCCGAUACUUUUAGCCAGAACCUGGGCAGGAGAGACAUAGUGGUCGCUUAUCGUGGGACAAUCCGGGACUUGGAAUGGAUGAAUGUGUUUAGUCCCUCUCUCGAAUCCAUUGCCUCCCUUUUACCCCCUUCCGAGGACUUCGACGAUGAUAGCCCCCUCAAACAUCGGUUCGAGAGAUUCCUAGGAAGGGGGGAGGACGACGAUGAGCCUAAGGUCAUGGACGGUUGGUACACAAUCUAGACCUCUGAUGACCCCAAAUCUCCAUUCACCAAAACAAGUGCCAGGGUCCAACUCUUUAGCAAGAUAAGGGAGCUUGUUCAGAGGUACAAAGAUGAGGAGUUGAGCAUAACCAUGGUUGGGCAUAGCCUUGGUGCAUGCCUAGCCAUACUGAGUUCCUUUGAUGUGGUGGCCAAUGGGUUGAACAUGGUGGGCAGCAAGCCACCAUUUCCGGUGACCGCCUUUGUUUUCGGCAGCCCCGGAGUCGGGAACAAAGAGUUCAAUGACAGGGUCAAGAGCCUCCCAAGCCUUAGGGUUUUACAUGUGAAGAAUGCGAUAGAUCUCAUCCCACUCUAUCCAGGUAAGUUCCUAGACUAUGAGAAAACUGGUGUGGACCUUGUGGUGGACACAAGAGCAUCUCCUUAUCUAAAGGAUUCAUUGAACCCAAGUGAUUGGCACAACCUGCAAGCUUUGAUCCAUGUGGUGGCUGGAUGGGAAGGAAAGAAGGGGUUUUCCUUGAAGGUGCCUCGCAGUGUGGCACUAGUGAAUAAAUCUUGUGAUUUCCUCAAGGAUGAGUGCUUGGUGCCGGCUUCAUGGUGGAUGGAGAAGAACAAGGGAAUGGUGAGAGGUGAAGGUGGGGACUGGUAUCUUUCUCCUCCAAUAGAUGAUGAUAUUCCUCUGCCUGAGUGAGUUUGAUGAUGCUCUGCUGAUUAAAGUGCCUCAGGUAAAUAAAUUUAAGCCAUCCAUGUGUUCGCUUUAUAAUAAGCAUGUGGUUGCUUUGUAACGAGAGGAUUAUAGUUUUAGGAAUGGUAUUUAGAAAUACUUUAAAAAACGGUGAUCCAGAUCCGAACCGGUCCUGUCAAUCCAGAUCUUAUAAUAUCAGAGCCAGCUUGCUUUGUUUUCAUUUA